AUUCAGAUUCGGUGUUUAUGUAACUGAUGCAUCUAGCCUAUACCUUUAUCUCAAUGUGAAGAGCGUCUACGUAUCGCGUCUGACUACGUAUCGAUUCCUAUCUAAUCGUUGUUGAAAUAUAUAAUAAGCAAAACUGUAGUAAAGUCAUUCAAAGUAAUCGAAACCCCCACGUGAAAUUCGCCAGUUUAUUAUCUACGCGUAUACACGUUCUGUUUGAACGAAAUGAAAUCUUUAUUGUCCAUUGUUUUGGUGUCGAUUUGCAUCUACGCAUGUAAUGGCCAGCUUUAUAACUACACUGAAGUAAUCCGUCUUUCCACCACAUUCUACCAAAUUCAAAGGCAAGGUAGAAUUGCCGAUAAUCACAUUCCCUGGAGAACCGAUUGUUUCCUACACGAUGGUCAGGAUGUUGGCCGUGAUUUGUCGGGUGGCCAUUUCCAUGCAGGUGACUUCACCAAGUUCCUCUUUCCGUAUGCUUCAUUCACGACAAUUCUGAACUGGGGCCUUCUUGACUGGGCGAACGGUUACAAUGAAACAGUUGUUGACAAUGCCUUCGAUACGGUUCGUCGUUCAUUAGAAUAUCUUAUGCGUAUGCAUCCAUCUCCCAACCUAAUGUACGUCCAAAUCGGAAAUGGAAGUCUAGAUCACACUCUUUGGGACAGAUGUGAAGAUUGGCCACAUGGACCAAGACGAACGUUCGAGAUUAAUGAAACUGCACCGGGAAGUGAUAUAGCUUCCGAAUACGCUGCUGCUUUCGCAUCUGGCUAUCUAAUCUUCAAUAGCAGGGACGCUACAUUCGGUGCUGCGCUUCUUCAGCAUGCAAUCGAUGCAUACGAAUUUGCAUUUAACUUUAGAGGUAUUUACUCAGAAAGUGUUCCAGAAGCAGCUGAAUUUUACAAUUCGACUGGAUUUAAUGACGAUCUGGGAUGGGGAGCUGUGUGGCUUUUAAGAGCAACAAAUGACACACAAAAGUACAAACCCAUUUUGGACAGAUUGUGGUGCGAAGAUGAUUUCCAAGGGCAAAAUCCAAUUCAAUUUUCUUGGGAUAACAAAUAUGCCGGUGUGUUCAUUCUCGGAAACAAAGUUCUCGCUGAAGCAGGAAGUGCUGAAGCUCGAUACCGUGACAAGGGCAUUGAGUACUGCGAAACGGUAAUGAACCUCGAACAGACACCGCUAGGAUUGACACUCUUGGACGAAUGGACUCCACUUCGAUUUGUGGCAAAUGCAGCUUUUGCUUGUUUAAAUCUUGCUGAAUGGCCGAAUAUAACCAACGCAACUCAAUAUCGUACCUGGGCUGUGAGUCAACUUCAUUACAUUUUAGGUGAUACAGGACGAAGUUAUGUCAUCGGGUUCGGCGAGAAUUCACCAAGAAAUCCUCAUCACCGAGUGAGUUCAUGUCCUCCCCGACCAGCACCGUGCGGAUGGACAUUUUUCAACAGCGACGAAGACAAUCAUUUUGAAUGUACUGGAGCGAUGGUGGGCGGACCAAAUAGCAAUGAUGAGUUCGAGGAUCUGCGACAGAAUUGGGAACAAAAUGACGUUGGCCUCGACUACAAUGCUGGACUCCAGUCCAGUGUAGCUGCGUUGAAUCAAUUGCAUCGUUUCGGGGUUAUUCCAUAAGCAAAUAAAAUGGGGCUAUUAAAGGAUGAUCAUCAAUAAAUCUAACGAAAUCAUUUGUUUUCACUUCAA